UCUAUGCUGUUUUUUUCGAAAUUCUCUUAGCACAUCUUUUAUUCAGUUAUGUUUUCAGUUGUACUAAAAUUGGCGCUGAAUUACGCUCCAGAAUUUAGUAUGUAAAAGUAGUUCAGAAACUGAGGACGUCCGAUUGAAAACAUCGGCAGUUCUUUUUAUAAAUUUUUUAUUUUAUUAUUGCUUUUAUUGCAACAUAUUUGUUAUUGUAAAUUUUUCAUCGUUUCGCUUUUGUCGAAACUAUGUCACUUCUACGCGCUCUAGCUGUCAAUUCGCUCUUAUCAUUCGCCUUUCUGUUUUGCUUUGUCUAUGGUGCGCUGUUUGAAAAGUAUUGGAGCACCACAACAACCAGCACAACAACCACCGUCAAGCCAUGGCACGUACGUCAGCCAGGCCUAUCGUUGCCAUUGCCCAACAGCCAUCCGUCUAAGUGUUGGCGCGAAGUGCCGUGACGCUGUUUUCUUCCAAUUCGAGAAGGAUGUGCAAGUUGUGGGCAAUAGUACACUUAGUCCCUACUUCAAUCUCGUAGAAGUCUGCUGUAAGGGUUACAAGCGCUAUGACUUCGAUUGGAAUCGUUGUGUGCCGGAUUGUGGCAACAAAUGUCAGGCCAAUGGCUUCUGCUUGGAUGGCGGCAUCUGUCGUUGCUUUGACGAAUUUGUGCUCAAUCAUCGCAAUGUCUGCAUACCGAUUUGUCCGUUGGGAUGCCCGAAUGGUCAGUGCUACUUGAAUGGCACUUGCAUUUGCCAAGAGGGCUAUGAAUUGGAUCCGACACGCAAAUUCUGUAUGCCACGUUGUGAGUUCAGUUGUGCGCACAAUGAGAUUUGUGUCGAGCCGAAUAAGUGCGAGUGCGCUGAGGGCUAUACGCGUGCACUGCCACCCAGCACCAUGGGUUGCCAGCCGAUUUGCAUACCGGACUGCGGGUUCGGACACUGCGUGGCGCCAAAUCACUGCGAGUGCUUCCAUGGCUAUUUGAAACGUUUGAAUGGUAGCACGUGUGAGAGUAAUUGUUAUAUGCGCUGCGAGAGUGGUUUUUGUGCAAAUCGCACCACCUGCGUCUGCCAGAAUGGCUACCGUUUCGAUCAGAAUACCACCUCUUGUCUGCCAGUGUGUGAUGAGGAUUGCGAAAAUGGCAUUUGCCUAUCACCAGGCGUCUGUCGUUGCUUCAAUGGUUAUGUACGUCGUGGUCCUAAGUGCGAGGGCAUAUGCGAGAACGGUUGCGGCUUCUAUGGUAAAUGCAUUGCUCCCAACGUUUGCGGCUGUUCCAUUGUUGAGGGUCCGAUGCGCAACUAUCAACGCUGUGCGAAUGGAAAUUGCAAUUCAAAGGGUCGUUGUCGCUGCAAAGAAGGCUACGUACGUUUUAUUGAUCAAUGCAUGGAACCGGAUAAGGUGACCACAUACGCCUCUAUGAGGCCCAGUCGCUUAAAUGAGACUCUGCUGCAGGAAUUCAAUAUGCUGAUUGGCAGACAUUUUAUGUUUCAAUACAAAAUUUUUCCUUACUAUUGAAUUGUGUAGUUUUUAUAGAAUAUUUCCACGAUUACUUAAAAUGAUCAUUAAGACUACAUUAAUAUAUUUGCUUUGUUUCUUUUAUU